UCAUGACCCUUCGACAGAACUAGAUGCUGCCAGACCUGCUGAGUUUUUCCAGGUAAUUCUGUUUUUGUUUUUGUUUUGGAUUUCCAGCAUCCGCAGUUUUUUUGUUUUUAGAACAACAUGUUUGGCAAGGAUUUUCUCCCCUUCUACUUAAUGUUUAAAUCUGUUAAAGCUCUUGAUUUAAUCACAUUGGAAGAUUAAAAUAUUAAGGGCCUUGUUUUAAAGGGCCUUACAGAAGGUUGCGGGAUCACUGGCCGUGGAAGUGGCUGUAGCCGGAGAGUCUCGCCAGUGGAUGAGUUGAAUUUACCCCGGGACAAGACAACCAUAAAAGGCCGGGAUGGAAGAGUUAACAGAUAAGGACCGAUUGAAAAUGGAGGUAGACCAACUUCGUAAAGAAGUAACGUUAGAGAGGAUGCUGGUGUCUAAAUGUGCUGAGGAAAUGAAGGAUUACAUUGAAUCACUGUCUGCAGAAGAUCCUUUAAUAAAGGGAAUCCCUGAGGACAAGAAUCCCUUCAAGGAGAAGGGUGGCUGCAUCAUCUCAUAAAUCAGACAGGACUCACAUCCUCAGAGCAUCAGGGUGUUUUCUACAGCUUAGUAGCCAUUAGUACCAUGAAACCCUAUAGAUGCUGAAGCUCAAGGUGGGAAAAUGGAAUCAACAUCUCGGUCGGCAUAACAUCUUCAAUUUGGCAGUAAUUUUACAAAACAUUUCCGUACCUGGCGCAAAAAAAGAGAAAUUUUGGCAAUUUCUACCAAGAAUGUCAAGUUAUCAUCUGAGAAAAACAUAAUUGCCAAUGUGUGGAAGCUAAUCCCAGAAGAAAUCACUAUUUAGUGUUAAAAUCUGUGCAAUGAACUUGUUUUGAAAUUGAGAAGUGUACACACCCUGGUAAGCGUUAAACUUAAACCUGUGCAUUGAAAUUUAUCAAUAAAACUAUAUUAUUUCCCACUUCAAAUACCAGAUUGAAAAACCGAAAAAGUAAUAAAAUUGUUACAAGUUA